AGUGCAGGCGAAAACGGUUGAGAACUCGCAGUAAAGCUUGUGUCCUCGAUGCUCCUCAGCACACAACAUCAUCAUCAUAUCGGGCGUGCUGGACGCGAGCAGCCAGUUGACACACACACACACACACACAGCACAGGGACUGAAAGAGGUUAACGGCGUUCCUCCGGAUUUCUCCUCCGCUCCUCCGCCUCGCCACAGAGCCACACAUCCUCCUCACCGAUGUUUCCGACCGACUGAAACACGGGGAUUUAUUCCUUCCGGUUAUGUUUAUUGACUGCUAAUAAAAACAACAAAAACCAGCCCAAACCUGUGUACAUUAUGUUUUUGUUAGCAUUUCAUGCUAGAAGACGUUUGACUAGCGUUUAUCCGGGGCCGCUGGGUUUGCAGUUCGUGCUGUGGAUUGUAUGUGCUGUUUACGGAGAGGAGCAGCCCUUCAGUGUGGAGGCAUGGCUGCAGCGGUAUGGCUACCUCCCCCCCACAGACCCUAGAAUGUCAGUCCUGCGCUCAGCUCAGAGUAUGCAGUCUGCUAUCGCUGCCAUGCAGCGGCUCUACGGCCUCAACGUUACCGGUGCGCUCGACAAGAACACCAUAGACGCUAACACAAUAAGCUGGAUGAAAAAGCCUCGCUGUGGUGUACCAGACCAGCUUGGCGGUGCCUCCAGAUUCAGCGUACGGAAACGACGCUACGCUCUCACAGGACAGAAGUGGCAACACAAACAUAUCACAUACAGCAUAAAGAACGUCACACCUAAGGUGGGCGCAGAGGAGACCCAUGAUGCCAUCAGACGGGCAUUUGACGUGUGGCAGAACGUGACACCGCUGCGUUUUGAGGCCGUUCCCUACAGCGAACUGGAGCGAAAUAAGAAAGAUGUGGAUAUUACAAUCAUAUUUGCCUCUGGCUUCCAUGGAGACAGCUCUCCCUUCGAUGGGGAAGGGGGUUUUCUGGCACAUGCUUACUUCCCUGGGCCAGGCAUUGGAGGAGACACACAUUUCGACUCAGACGAGCCCUGGACCCUGGGGAACCCUAACCAUGAUGGAAAUGACCUGUUCCUGGUGGCUGUGCAUGAGCUGGGCCAUGCGUUAGGUUUGGAGCACUCAAACGACCCCACAGCCAUCAUGGCCCCCUUCUACCAGUACAUGGACACAGAGAACUUCAAACUGCCUCAAGAUGACCUGCAGGGCAUCCAGAAGAUUUAUGGGCCCCCAGACAAGAUUCCUCAGCCUACAAAACCUUUACCAACAGCCCCCGCUCCACGCUCUCACCCGCCCUCAGACCCACGCAAACAUGACCGUCAGACGCGACCACCACGCUUACCCACGGGGGACAAACCCACUCAUCCCAACGGCAAGCCCAACAUCUGCGAGGGCGACUUCAACACACUCGCCAUCCUGCGGCGAGAGAUGUUUGUGUUUAAGGAUCACUGGUUUUGGAGGGUCAGAGACAACACAGUAAUGCCAGGUUAUCCCAUGCUUAUCAACGUGUUCUGGAGGGGUCUGCCAGCCAGGAUAGACGCCGUCUACGAGAACAGCGAGGGCAAGUUCGUCUUUUUUAAAGGAAAGCAGUUCUGGGUGUUCAAAGACACCAUACUCCAGCCUGGCUACCCAAAGGACAUCUCCAUGUUUGGGAACGGCAUGCCAGCACAGAGUAUUGAGACUGCCGUCUGGUGGGAGGAUGUAGCCAAGACCUACUUCUUCAAAGGAGACAGAUAUUGGAGAUACAAUGAGGAUAUGCGGACCAUGGAUCCUGGAUACCCAAAGUCCAUUGCCGUGUGGAAAGGUGUUCCAGAUUCUCCUCAGGGUGCCUUCGUAGACAAAUCUAACGGAUUCACAUAUUUCUACAAAGAUAAAGAGUACUGGAAGUUCAACAAUCAGAGGCUGCGGGUGGAGCCUGGCUAUCCUCGCUCCAUCCUCAAGGACUUCAUGGGCUGUGAUCUGACACCAAUCGACCCUGAACACAUUCCCACUGAGGACGUGGACAUCGUCAUCAAGCUGGACAACGAAGCCAGCACAGUGAAAGCCAUUGCCAUUGUCAUUCCCUGCAUCCUGGCACUGUGCCUGCUGGUGCUGCUCUACACCAUCUUUCAGUUCAAGAGAAAGGGCACACCACGCCACAUACUGUACUGCAAGCGCUCCAUGCAGGAGUGGGUGUGAGACAGAGCCCUGCCCAGGCCAGCCCCUUUACUCCCAUUCCCCCCUGGCAGAUGCCGUGGUGGUACAGCCCACCUUAAACCUGCAUAUGGCCCUGAUCUCCCUCUGUCUCUCUCCAUUUCUCUGAGGAGCAGAGAGGGCCUUUACCUAAAUCUACCCCCUCCAGGAGAGAAAGGGUGCAUCAUCCUUACUCCCAUUCCUUUUCCUUACAGCUCAGUGCACCUGCUUUAAGACUAGGGAGGGUUUCAGAUCAGACUCCCAUGGUGCAUUGCGACGUCCUGCGUCAAAUCAGGUCUUAACUGUUUUAAGUGGGGAAAAAAGCUGAUUGCUAUUGCCCUAGGUUUUACUCCCAACUGCACGCUUGAUAGACAGAAAAAAAAAAGAGCAGAGAAAAUUGCUCAUCAUAAAAGUUACUUGAAUUCAACAAAUUCAUCUGAAACAUUUACCUUCUCAUUUAAUUUUUUUGUUUGGCUUUGAUCCAUAAAUACUAUUUUCAACCAGAUAUAUUUACAAUACCCUUUAAGCACUCCUGAAAAAAAAGAGUCCAAACCAAAUAAAGAUUUCUCUCCAAAAAAGGAUUUUUCUAUAAUUAUUAUUAUUAUUAUUUUUGUUACUGCUUUCUUUUCUUUUUCCUUCCCUGCUCCUAAACUUAUAGGGAUAAGAAGUAGGUAACUUGUGACUGUUCUGGCAGUCUGUCUCAAUGAACAGGGGCCAAAAUAUUCGGCAAUAUUUUUAACAGCCUUAAUUGUAGAUCAUGUUUUUCUUGUUUGGUCUUUUUUGAGCUUUGCUUUGUCAGCAAGCCAGUGGGUGGUGUCUAUUGCGUUGCUACCUUUGUCCUUCAUUUUGUUAACCAAGUUUGCCACUGCGCGGUUCUGCCAAGUCACUGGAUCAGGAGCAAGCAGUUGUGUGCACUUAAAGUGAAAUAUGUCAGUGGGAGCAGAGGGAAAGAUUCUAGUCACUACAUCAGCUAAUGUUACUGCUACUAUCUGAUGUGCUCUGUCACUAUAUCAGUCAGAUAGUGCUUCAGAGAAUAACUUGUUUGUUCCUGUUUAUCUGCCCUGCAACAGAGCCAGGAGUGCUGGUGCUCCUCUCUGAAAGGAACUCGCAGUCAGCAGAAAGUGUGUCAACUCUUCUGGACUGCCUUGUUUUGGUGGGUGGUGUUGAUAUCCCAAAGCCUUGGCACACACUGAACAUGGACAAGAGCAUCUCAGGACACUGCUUGUGCAUACGAGCAUUCAUGUCCAUGUUUGUGUCCUCUGCCUGACUACAGAGGAUGAAAGAAAAGAAAUAAAAUCAUUCAGUCAUGGUAGGUUAAAAAAAAAAAAAAAAAAAAAAGUCUGGAUGGAACCAGAAAUGUUAAUACGCCUCGCGGCAUGCAACUUGAAGUCAGCCUAUUGCAUUGGAAGGACGUGUUCUGAAACUCCUAAAUAUACAGUACCUUGCUUGCAAUUGUCUUUUUAUUUGUUUUCUUAUAUUCUUGGUACAGUAAAGAACAAAAAAUGAAUGGUCUCAACCUCAAGGUACAAGUGGUACUCAAAAGAGCUGAGCAGUCAUCAGGAAUUCUUAUUUUUGGCUGAUACUGGUCAUAAGAUAUAUCUUGAUUUGUUACUAAUUCAUUCUAACUGACAGAAACUGACAAACAUGUUGUUGCUCUUUGGCAAGCAGUGUUUGAAUAUGGGUCUGUAUCAUGCUGAUGUUUUCUUUUAUAUUUGUUUAAGAACAAACGAGACAACUAUAUGUAAGAUUCCUAAUGGGACGAGGGAUCAGUCCUGACAGAAAAAUAAAUUGAUUAGUAUAACAUCAAUGGCUUUAUGCUUUUUGCUCAUAUGUAUGCACUUUUUUUAAAUGUCUAAAGCAAAAUCCAAAUUGUCUUUCUUUAACUGCCUUGAUAUGCUUUUUUUGCUCGUUCAUUGUUACAAAAAUGCCUAUUUCUUUGACUCAUUCUUUCAUUUUUCAUGUCCUUUUUUUUACUACUGCUGUCUGUGUGUGCAUGUGUGUAUGCAUGAAAGCAGCGCCAUAUUUUCCAAAGUUUUAGACAACUGCGAUGUUUAUUAGAACAAUACUAAGACCCAAAUAUUAGUCUCAAUGGCAGCGCAGUGCAGUUUUACGCUGAUUCUUAAGAUUUGGUAAAAAUGUUAACGUGGACAGAAUAACUGCUUUGGACAGAAACAUCAUUUAGUUUAACCCGACAAAUUUAGGUCCAAUAUGACAUUGCAGUUUAAAUUGUUGAAAUUGUGGUUACAGGGGUUGUUAAAAAAAAAAAAAAAAAAAAAAAAAAAUGUAAAUUUGUAUGUGUACCCCCUAACCUAGGACUCAAUCCUGGGCCUUUGACAUGUUGCUGUUUUCGCCUCACACCUAACCAGUUCUGGUAAUAAGCUUUUAGACAUGGGAUCGACCUGUGCUUGGUUUGGUAGAGAACAUGAGAAUUGGUGCUAAUUUGACCUACACUGGUAACGCAAUCUUGUGGUGCUAUUCUCUUUGGAUUUACACUUGAGUGACUGUGACCUAAGCAGUAAUAAUCCACUUUAUUUUAACACCAAUCCAUAUUUGUACAUUGGUGUAUUGUCUGAUGAAUCACAUUUACCAGAUUUAAUAUUGAAAUCCUUAAGGGACCAUUCAUUUUGAACCAGCCUUAUUAUCAGUUUGCACACUAAUUCAUGUUUAAUGAUGCAGAGGUUAACAGAUGAGCUUAUUAGCUUUACAUAUAUGUGGUGUUCUGUGGCAGCUUGUCAUUCAUUUCUAAUAAUGCAUUCAUUUUGCAGACAAGCCUGUUUCUUCUGUAGUUCUCAUGCCUUGAUGUUCUCAGUUCAUGUUCAUUGUCAUGGUCAUGACUUUAUCUAUACUUGUAUUAAUAUGCAUUCAUACUAGUUACAUACCAGUUACACACCAGUUACACACCAGUUACACACCAGUUACAUACCAGAUAGAUUUAAACAUUAGGGAAACAACUAAGAACAAAAACCUUUUCUACUCUGUUCUUAUAUUUUUUUGUUUUCAUUCUCGCAUCACCCUGGCAUGUUUUUGUGCUGUAUCAUUUCAUCAUUCAUUUCACUGGUCAAUAAACACAAUUGAACAUA